UAAUAUAUAUAAUACGUUUAAAUUAUAUCACGUAAACAAAAAAUACUUACGUAAAAUAUUUUCGGCUUUUCUUAAUGUACUGUUCUUGAAUGUCAAAAUUAUUCAACAAUUUGCUAUCUGAUAUCUCUAAAUUAUAACUUAGUUCAAAACAUCCUGGCCAACAAUUACAGCUUGGUCUAUGUGAAACAAUCUAUGAUUAUACAAGGAACUAUUUGUAAAAUUAUACUUACAUUUCAGUAAUAUUCAAUUGAUUAUCAUCAUAGAGCUUAAUUUCCAUUGCUCUUCGUGCUGUAGUAGCACAUUGAUCAUCUUUCUUUCCGCAAAUAGUAGUGUUUGAUGAUUCUAAUGAAAAAGAUGUAAAAAUUAAAGGUUAAGAAUAUAUAAUUAUUAAGCUCUAAUUAUAAAUCAGUCUUACUUGGCAUAUAAUAUUGGACGCAGUGACACAGUUUUUGUGUGAAAUUCGCCUCGCAUUCCAGGAUACAGUUUCUUUGCGUGUAAGUUCUGUAAUAACGCAACUUUCUCUCUGAUGUGAAGAAACAUUUUCUCUUCCUCUGAGGUAUAGAUAUUAUAGAUUUGCUUGCUGUCGAUAUUCGAGGUGAUACAAUAACUCUGACUUCUUUACCAGGAGCUACAGCAAAUCCAAAAUCUGCAAUUUUUGGUGUUUCUACGGGGCUGUGUAGUAGCAUCUAUAAAUAUUUGUAGAAUUUUAAAAACAUCAACAACUAUUUUUAGAAUAAGAAUUUUAAUCCUUUUAACUUGUUAUUAUAGAUUUUUAAAAUAAAAAGUAUAAUUACUUUAAAGCCUGCACUAGCUGUCGAAGAACAAUAAUAUUCAUUAAUAUCAACGUCAAGGACUAAAGUUAAGCCAUAAAAAAGGCCAGCGCCAUAUGGUCUCCAUGGUAUGGCAUCUGAUGGAACUUGUUUAUCGUAUCCAAUUUCAGGAUUCCAAUCGAUACCAGUGAAUGCAAAACCAAGGAAAAAUGUCGAAGAAAAAUAAAAAAUGUAAAGAGGGCGAGGACGAGCCCGCAAUUGAUUGGGAAGAAAAUAGUUAUUUUCCAAAAAGAUUAACAGAAGAAAUGAAAUCUAUGUGGGAAAUACCACAAAUUUGUCAAUUUCUUUACUUAACCAAAGACAUUCUAAAUAUACCCCCAAUAACUAUUUAUGAAGUGGAAAGAAUGCUUGCUAUACCAAGAGCUUCGAAACAACUAGCAUAUAUUAUGACAUGUUUAUUAAGCUGUCCUAUAAGUAAACCGAAAUUGCAAAAAAUACCACCAAUGCCCUAUGAAUUUUGGACUAAUAUCUUAAUGCAUAAAGUAAACAAUUGGUUUAAACUUUAUUAUGGAAAGCAUAGAGAUGUGAUAAAAGUUCUAGAAACUAUUGGUAUUGAACCAGAAUUUUGGAAUAUUUUUCCUGAGUUAUCCAUAUUUGCUGAUAGAGACUUUGAAGACUUGAGUUUCAAACAACGAGUAUGGCUUUUAAAAACUAUCUGUGAUACUCUCAUGCAUACGAGAAAAACAAUUCAAGAAGAAAUUGCUAAUCAUGCGUGGGAAGAUCAAAUUGAAAUAAAUUUAGGAACCGAUCGUCAUGGAGCUAAAUAUAUUUAUUUUCCACAGUUUAUCAAUAGUGAAUUGAGAAUAUAUAGACAUUGUAUGAAUAAUAAUAUUCUUUCCACUACAAAGCCUAUAAUACCAAAGACAGUAGUAGAAUCCGAAACGAAAACAAAAGUAAAAAGAAGUAGAAAACGAAAGCCCAGAUGGCAAAAUGGAUUAUGUUCUAAAAUAAAAAAGGAUAAGCCUGCAAGACUUCAAGAAAAGAAAAUAGAUAAACAAUUUUAUAUUUGUAAUUGUAUUGAUAGUGCCAUGAAUUCACAAACUAGUGAAGAUAUAGAUUUAGAUUCUACGAGCACAAGUAGUAAUAUUAAUAAUAGUAAUAUAAAUUUAGACAAUCUUGACAGAACAGAAACAAGAAAUCCAUUAAUAACAUCUGAAAUAAGUACAAUGUCAAGUGAUACAAACAAUAGCAAUAUAAACUCGACUAGUUGUAAUGAUGAUGUAUCAAAUGAAAGUCAGUUAAUUGAUACAAAUGUUACAGAAAGUAUAUUUAAAGGAUUUUCUAGAUCCCCUGAUGAAAAAGAUGGCAUAGCAAUAAUAAAUCAAUUAUUAAAUAGAUUAAAAUCAGAGAUAGAUAUAAAAUAUACUAAGUCUCAUGUAACAAAAGAAAAUGCGACGGAUAUAAAGAUUGAUGUUGAAAAUUCUGAAAAUAAUUUGGAAUCAAAUGAAUUUGAUUCAAUUAAAUAUUGUUCGGAUAAUUUAUCUAAUGAUUCAAAAGUGGAUGAAGCAAAAUUAAAUGAAAUUAUAAUGGUUGGAAAUAAAAUAUUAAAGGAUAAAACACUUUCAAGUUCCGAAGAGGUUAAUGAUUUAGAUUCAUCAACAUCAAGGUCGAAUGUUGAAAAGUUAAGCGAAACUGAAACAUCUAUAAUUAAUGAAAUGGAGAGUAUUUCAAGUGAUGUACCUGAUACUAUUAAUAAAUAUAAUAUUAGACACAGAAAGAAAUCACCAAAUGAUAGAGAAAUGAAAGGUAUAAAAAGAAAUGGUAAUAUCGUUAAUGAAUCAGUUCUUGAAAUAGAUGAAACACUGAAUUCUAUCAGAAGAAGUCUUAGGAUAAAAGGAAAUCAAAUGGAACAUAAAUCAUUUUGUAAUGAUAUUAGCCAAAUUAUAAAUACUGAUAUUAAUACAGAAGAAGAAAUUGAAAAUAAUCCUAAGAAAGAUAAUGAAACGGCCUCUUUUAAAAAAAUGCUCGAAGAACUUAGUGUAUCCAAUUUUCGACUCGUAGCUGAUAGCGUUGAGACUUUGAGAGAUCUUAUUUCAAGUUUUUCAUUAAAUACAUUAGAAUCAAAUUCUUCGAAUGAAAUACAAUUAGUAAGUAAAUUGACAGAACUAUUAAAUACGGUUGAAAAAGUUGAAACGGUUCUGAAAGAUACAACAAAAAAGGCUAAAGCAAAGCUACUAAAGGAAUGGACUAAUUUUAAAAUUGGUAUGUAUGGCAGUCAAGCUGCUGUGUGUUGUAGCAGUAUGGAGGAUCAGGAUUCAUCCGGUGAAAAUGGUGUCAGGUCUAAUUGGUGGAUUGUUGGAUCACAGGACUAUCAAUUGCCAACUACCAAUGAUGCAACGUUACAGACGUUAUCGAAAUCUACCAUAUCCCCAAUUAGUACCCAAAGUUGUGUCUCAACAUCAGAAUGUAUCAACGACGAGGAACAAUGCACAAGUGGAAAAGAGAAAAAAUCUAAGGAAUCAAAAAGCAAAGAACACGAUGAAAAAUCAGACGUUAGAGAGCAACAAGAAAAUGGGGAAAAUAAUGAAGGAAAAGCACAUGAAGAAUAUAAAAAGUGUGAUAGAAAAGAAGAAGAACAACAAAAUCGAAGAGUUCUACGAGCGCGAGGAAUUUCCUCGUACAGAGAACAAUUGUAUCCAUAUGAGGAGAUCGAUGAGAGCGAGUUGGGUGAAUGGACCGACAUUAAGGCCAUCUACGCGCCUCCCUGCUCACAGACCUAUACAUCCGUUACUAACUCUUCUACGAAAAACAGACAAGAUAACUAUUGGUCAGAGAAAGAGGACUCAGACCAAGAUUGGAUUCUACCAAGCUCUCGCAGACGGAAAAAUAAACGUUCGUCCAAUAAUAAAAGAUUAAGAACGUCACAAAGCAAAAGUCUAAACAAGAAAACAAAUUCGAUUGAAGAUACGCAUAAAGAAACUACGUCGAGUAAUAAGAUAUCCGAUUAUUCAGAGGAAUUAACGGCGUCUUCUACAUCUAAUUUAAUUAUAUAUCCACGCAUACAAGAAAAUUCAGUAAGGACGAUAUCUGUCACAGAGGAAAAUAAAAUCAAUUAUAUAGAUAGCGUCCAUUCAGAAUUGGAUAUAAAAGACGAGACACCGACUGAUGCUCUAACAAAUCAAUAUAAAACCAAUUACAACGUGAAUGGUGUAAGCUAUUUUGUACAGUCAAAUCCUACUGUAAUUGGUUUGACUCAAUCAAAUACUUUCGUUCAAACAAAUACAUUAAUUCCAAAUAUUGUGCCUUCGUUUCAACAAAAUUAUUAUAUGCAAGAAAUACGACCGGAAUAUGUUCUUUACAAUCAACAAUCAAAUUUUGUUCCGAUACAACAACCAUCUAUAAUACAACAAGUACCAUGUAUUGUAACAUCACAAGAAAUUGUGAGUCAACCAAGAUAUUCGCCUGAAAAAUCGAAUUUAAUUAAUAUAGUACAACCGGACAAUAACAUAAAUAGAAUAGCACAGAAGGAAGCAUCAACUUCACAAUUCGAUUUUUCUAGUAUUGCUAAACAGUCUAGUAGUACUAUAAAACCACGUAUACAAAAUUCAAACUUUACGAAACGAAAAAACUCAAGUGAACAUUUAAAUGAACCGAAAAAAAAGACUACAUCAUUGAUCAUUCUAAGUGACAGUGACGACGAAGUUGAGAUCAUUAAUGAAAAAACAAUAAAUGAUCAAAAAAAUUCAGAAGGUCAGGAAUCUGUUUCAGAUAUAACAAAUAAUAUAUUAAAAAAUAUUAUUCCACGUGAAAUUAUGCAACGAAUACAUCAAGGUUGUAUAUCAAUAACGCCAAUUAAACCAGCACCCCCAACGCAAAAUACACCGACGCAGUUGGUUGUCGUUGUCAAUGAAACAGGCAAUUAUUAUGCUUUGGCAUUACCUAAUGGAAGUAAACUCAUUCUUACACCGGAACAAGUUGCACAAAUUAGAGCUUCAAACGGUGGGAAACUUGUUCUAUAAAAUACUAAUUAAUUCAUAAAUACUAAAAUUUAUUUUCUUUGGAUAUAUUUUAUUAUGCAUUUAACAUAAUAUAGAUUUAUUAGUGGAAUUAAACAUAACAGGGUUUAUUUUUUUUUUUUUUUUUUUAUUUUUUUUUUUUUUUCCCAACGAAAUAUCCAUAUAUUUCUAUAUCAGUAAGAUAAAUAAAUGUACUUCUGUUUGAAUCUGUUAUUUGUUCUUUACGUAUUAUUAGAUAAAUAUUAAAAGAAUAUUGAUGUAUUGUAAAAAUAUCUAUUUAUGAAAAAUCUCUUUGUACAGUUUUCAUAAUUAAUUUAAGAAAUAAAGUUAUAAAUUAAUUUUUAAUUAAUUUAAAAACAUUGAAAUAUAUAUGACACAAGUCAUAAUGAAGUUUUAAUUUCGUAAAUAAUUUGAUUUGAAUGUCUACUAAAUUUUUUACUACAUCUAUAUAAAUACACGAUACUAUGUAUAAAAAAUAUUUUUCAUUACAGAAGAAAUUCUAUUUUAUUUAAUUAUUGUUGAACAAUAAUUAACAUAAUAAACAUUUUUCUUUUAUCAUUGAAGAAAAAAAAAAGUAAUUAAUUAAUUGCAUGCAAUUUGAAUUAUGAAUAUUUGUUAAUAGAUCUCAACAAUUUUAAAAUACCUAUAUGUGUACAAAUUGAACAAUGUAACAGAUAUAAUACUUGUAUAUAGUUUUUUACCAUGUAUAUAAUUAAGCGAUACCGAUAUAUU